AUGGAUUUGACAAGCUCAGUACAAAGUUUGAACCUCUCUAGAAAAAAAAUUGGCGAAAUCGUGCAAGAUCUAGCAAGGAGAAAGUUGAAAGAAGAAGAGAGUCUGAACCACAAGGCAGCUGCUGAAAGUAACUCAAGUGAGAAGGAGUCUGACCCUGACUAUUUAAAUCAAGGACGCAAGAAGAGAAGUGGCUGGAAGGAUAUCUUCGAUAAAUCUAAAGAUGAGAAUGUCCAAAGCAAAGUGCUCAUGAUAAAUGACAAUGAGACCUCUAAAAGUGAAUCAACAUGUGCACUCAUGGCCAGAUAUGAUUCGGACAGUGAAGAUGAAGAUGCUGAGUUGAUGUCCUUGGAAAAUGCUCUAAUCGAUGUCUUUCAUAGUCUUGUUAAAGAAAAGAGCUCUCUCUAUGAGGAAAUCAAUGGGUUGGAACUUGAAAUAGAUGAUAUGGGCGCAUCCAUUACAGAUCUUAAAAAUCAAAUUGCUGAAGUGACAAGAGAAAACUCUCUGUUAAAGAAUCAAAAGAAGCAAUGGAUAAACACUCCAAAAGAAAAGGAAGAAGCCUGUGAGGCUCAACCUGAAUUGGAGUAUGAGAUUCAGAAAUUCAAAGUGAAGUUCACUUCUACACUAGAAAAGAAUAGACAACUACAGGAGGAUCUAAAAGAGAUUAGUAUUUCUCUGAACAAAUCUCUAAAUUGGUCCUGGUCAAUGAAUGAGACUGCUCCUACAGUCAUGAUUGAGUGUGAAGGCAAGAAAAAAAUUGACGUUCAGGACGGUAAAACUCCUAACAAUCCUGUUAAAAAAAUUAAUGCUAAGAGUGGAAGUCAUCCGAAUACACACAAUGCUUAG